AUGUCUGCAUCAACUCCCAAAGGACCUUUCCGCCUCGUCACUGUCAACAAUGUGCCUGAGAGAGCCAAGAAGGUCAUUGGUCAAGUUGUUGAGGAACUCAAGACUCGCUACAUAAUCGAAUAUGUUGGCAAUUGCUUUGACAAGAGCGAGGUGGCACCCAAGGUGACGGAGCUCAAGCCAGACAUUCUUUGCUGCGCUUCUAUGUGGACCGAGGAAGAGAGUACCGAGAUGAGGGAGACAGCGAAAUCCAUCAUUCCUGGGAUCAAGACAUACGCUAUACCUCAGGGUUUGCAGGUCAAGGGUGGACCUCAGGCUGUAGUUGAGCAUCUGAAGGAACAAUUUCCUAAAUUGUUAGAUAGUUGA